CUAUGGGUGAUGUGCUUCUUCAAGGGCUCCGGAUUAGUGUCUUCUCGUACUGGUGAGGAUUUCUUUUCGUUCCGUCUGAUUAUUGAUGAAUGACCGCACCAGAUUGCCAAUAUCAUUCGUCGUAGUCACGAUUCCAAAUUCAAUCCCUCAAAGCUGGUCGAGCCCAUGUCCAAUAAAUCAUCCACCUCAUCCUUUGCUGCUACAUCUCUGGUCGCUUGCAGGCGAAUGCCACAGCCACAUAUCCAGGCGGAAAAAUGGAGAUCUCGAAAUCUCCCAUGUAACGUGCCCCCGACACUGAUCUCCAGCAGGCCGAUUGCAAGGGCACCUCCUAUCAAAGUCUCGUCUCUGGAACGAGAACCUCUGGCGCGCUGCAGCCGAUGCGCGUCAUCCCUUUCUGCAUCUUUCUACUCCAUCACGGAACCUGUAUUUCUGAUUCUCCCCCUCCUGCUCGCGAGCAUACAUUGUACAAUGCUUUUUGAAAUGCCCGAUCAAGCUCUCCUCGCCGUGUCGCGUCGCUGUUCAGGCGCUUUUGCUCCGCGAAAAAAACUGAUCUGGACACAAGUCUUCCCAGGCAGGUUGGGGGCCUGCAAUCGGGUAGCAUUUUUCACAAAGCGCAAUCUCACGAGCUGCCCGUAGAGUAAAGCCUUGAGAAAGUCAGAGGUGUAGCGAGAUGUUUUCGCUCCUUGAUUACGCCACGCCGACUUCUUCGUGAGCCAGAGCCUUUGGCGUCCCUCUCAGGUCGUAAGAGGGGGAGGGUAUAUGAAGGUCAAUGCAGAAAGGCAACCUGUAAUUGCAAGGCGGAGAUUUCAAUGCGAUCAAAUCCUGACUACCCAUCUCCCAGGUCAACUUCUGCUCUGAUCGCAUACCCAGUCGCGAGUCCUGAGAAUUAGGCUGCGACCGCAAUUAUGGCGUGUCCCUGAACAUAAUUAUGCG